CCGGGUUUGUAGAUACUGCGCAACUCGCCCGCUAAAUGGAUCAUGCUAGCCCUUUUUUUAGUCAAAUGGCCUAAGGCCAUAGUAUCCACCCGGCCCACUUUGAUAUGCCCUCUUAUACCAAUAUGAAGUUUGACAAAAACACCUACAAAUAAAAACAGAAAGCACAUAUUAUAUCCUUAUUCGUCCGCCAAAAUUAGGCAAAAACACUCUAGCGCGCGUACUCAUUCCCUUGAAAUUAAUUCUCGUGCAAAAACAUAAACCUGCAAACUACCUUCUCAACUCAACAGUGUAAAUUUCUUUCAACAUUAAACCCUUGAAAUUCUUUUUUGAGGGUUUUGAUCGAUUGUGAGAGAAGAAGAUGAGGAAGAUGCAUCGGAAACAGAUGGUUGGUGAUAGAACCAAAAUUGCAGAAAAAAUGUCAAUGCAUAUGAUGCUUAUGGGUUACAAUGGAGAUUAUAAAUCUAUGCUUUCUCAAGAACUUAAUAGUCGAUUAUGGAAGAGAAAUGGUAAAUUGAGUCGAAAACGAAUGCGAAGAUUUCAUUUUUUGUUAAUUACUGCUGAUAGUCCUACAUUGUUGUCUUUCACUGUUGCAUUGGGGAGGUUAAUUUGGAGUAAUAAAUUGAUGGUGAAACGAAGAAAUAUUGAGAAGAAACUGUCUGAGAAGAUUAAAGAAUGGAGUGUUAAGAAGAAAAAAAGGCAAGGAAAGCCGGGUAAAUUGAAGGCGAGGAAGUUGAGCUUGAAGAAGGAGAAGAGGAAGAAAAGGAAAGAAUAUGUUGUGGUACCAAGGAUUGUUUUCGGGUUUCAGAUGAGACCGGUUUUGGGGUCGAGGUUGAGGUUGGUGAUCAAGCGGAAGAUGAGAAGACAGCAUAGUAAAAGUGAUCAUGGUAGUCAAAUGUAUAGGCUGGCAAUGGCUAUGAAGUAUCUGUCUCUUCGAAAUGUUUAUAUUACAUCCGAGUGGGAGUUUUGGACUGUCUGCUUUGUUUAGGAAGUUACUGGUUUCUGGGGGAGCAUUGCAUUACAAGAGGGUUUGAGCAAUUCUUUGAGUUCGGUUGCUAAGGAGUUUGGACUCUAUGUAGUCUCAGCUGACCAUUUGGAGCGCCUGGAAAGUGGUUUUGGAUGUUCUUCCAGUCUUCGUUGUGUAGGUUGUCGAGUAGACUAAUGUUGUAGAGAACGUAUAUCCAAUACAUCACUCAUCAAGAUCUUUUGGUUAGAUAUAUUUUAAUUUUCCUCACCGUGUUCUGAGUUCUGACUGCUUGUAUUCGAUAGUUGGAGUGGGUUGCCGAAUGUCUCAGAUCUCCCAAGUUAGUAGUUAAAAUGUACAUAAUAUACGUUAAUCUCUCUCGUAUAAGAUAUCAAUGGAUACCUGGUAUUAACCCAAAAAAAAAAAAAAAAAAAAAAAAGAAAAAAAAAUCAUAUUU